GAUAAAAUAAGGCACAGGAGGAUUGCACAACAUGCAUCAGUGCGGUGGGAGUAGAGUCAGAUUUUGGAGGCUCAUGUUCACUCUGGUCAUGUAGAGAUAUCUACUUCUAGGACUCGUGCUUCUCCUCAUGUUUCUCCAUCUUCUUCUUCCCGUAUGAGACAUGUUUCACUUACUGGUGCAUCGCUCCCUCCAUCCUCACGUUGGCGCCAGGUUUCACUUAUUCAGACGCCAGAGGUACCCGAGUUACCGGUGGUACCGGAGGCAUCAGUGCCACCUCCGACGAAUGAUGCUUCUGAGUCAGUGUCUGCUCCUGCUGUUGUGCCAGUGCCACCUUCGGAUGGUGAGAAUGUUGAGCCAAAGCCAUUUGAAGAAGGCUAUGUAGAGUUGUCACUACUGCCUUUGUACCCAGACCAUUCUGUUAGACAUAUCUUGGACAAAGAGGAUCGUGAUCCGCUGAAAUUUAUUAACCAGAGGCGAAAGAUUACUGGCUUGCCUCAACUGAAUGAGGAGUGGUUUUAUGCAGCUUUGUCCGUAUCUGGGAUGAGGGACUUGUGCAUGAGCGGUCAACUACGGGAUGCUUAAUGCAUUCGUGGAGAGAUGGCACACCGAUACCUCGUCACUUCAUCUCCCGUUGGGUGAGAUGUUUAUUACACUCAACGAUGUAUCGUGUUUGCUGCAUCUUCCGAUAAGGGGAAAACUUCUAGAUCAUGGGAGGAUUAGCAAAGACGAGGCACUCGAGAUGAUGGUAGACUAUCUGGGAGUUGACCCAUAUACUACAUUGAAGGAGAUUGAGAAAACCAGAGGGGAUCAUGCUCGAUUUGAAUUCCUGGAAAAAAAAGUAUAUACAUAUGAGCUCUAGAGAGCAGAGCAUGCUAGAUAUGAUUACCUAUGAAGCAUAGACUCCGACACGGACACGACACAGACAUAGACACUUCGACAUCGAUAAAAUAAAAAUAUGGAACACUGACACCGCUAUGUAUAUGAUAAUAUUUGAGUUUAAUUUAUCCAUCUAUCAUUAAAAAUAUUAUAAUCAAAAUUUAUAAUUUUAAUUCACCAUUGA